AAGAGAGAUGGCACCGGCCAGAGCAGGAUUCUGCCCCCUUCUGCUGCUUCUGCUGCUGGGGCUGUGGGUGGCAGAGAUCCCAGUCAGUGCCAAGCCCAAGGGCAUGACCUCAUCUCAGUGGUUUAAAAUUCAGCACGUGCAGCCCAGCCCUCAAGCAUGCAACUCAGCCAUGAAAAACAUCAACAAGCACACAAAACGGUGCAAAGACCUCAACACCUUCCUGCACGAGCCUUUCUCCAGUGUGGCCGCCACCUGCCAGACCCCCAAAAUAGCCUGCAAGAAUGGCGAUAAAAACUGCCACCAGAGCCACGGGCCCGUGUCCCUGACCAUGUGUAAACUCACCUCAGGGAAGUAUCCGAACUGCAGGUACAAAGAGAAGCGACAGAACAAGUCUUACGUAGUGGCCUGUAAGCCUCCCCAGAAAAAGGACUCUCAGCAAUUCCACCUGGUUCCUGUACACUUGGACAGAGUCCUUUAGGUUUCCAGACUGGCUUGCUCUUUGGCUGAGCUUCAAUUCCCUCUCCAGGCCUCCGCACCACUCCCCCUACACCCAGAGCAUUCUCUUCCCCUCAUCUCUUGGGGCUGUUCCUGGUUCAGCCUCUGUUGGGAGGCUGAAGCUGACACUCUGGUGAGCUGAGCUCUAGAGGGAUGGCUUUUCAUCUUUUUGUUGCUGUUUUCCCAGAUGCUUAUCCCCAAGAAACAGCAAGCUCAGGUCUGUGGGUUCCCUGGUCUAUGCCAUUGCACAUGUCUCCCCUGCCCCCUGGCAUUAGGGCAGCAUGACAAGGAGAGGAAAUAAAUGGAAAGGGGGCAUAUGGGAUUUGUGGACACAGCUGUUUCUGUUCCUGAACUAGAAGUCUUCCCCAGCUCUGACGUGGCAGUGAGGUGACCUGAAGCAAAGAAAAAUAUAAAUAAAUACCACUUCAUAUUUGUAUAGAGCUUCCA